AUGAAACUCCAAACAACAGCAAAAAAGUUUAUAUUCCGGUUAAGUGAUUGUCUUUUUUGUUUGCCACUGCUGCCAGAUUUUCAGCAGAAGGCCCGCCUUCAGCGUCGUUGCUGGGAGGAGAAUUUCCGGCGGCAGUGGGAUGAUACAAGUAACUUUUUCCAAAGAGAAGACAUGAAGGCAAAGAAAAUCCAGAAGUGGACAUCAGAUGAUUUCUACCGACGUAGUUUUGACAGCAAAAAGGAAGAAACCGAAAAGGAAAGAAAAUCUCUUAAAUUGAAACAGAGACGGGCUCAGUUGGCAGCCAUGUUGCAUGAUGAGAAUUUACGGUAUGAGACUGAACUCAAAGAGCUGAGUCCACGAACAACUCGAGAUCUUCUUGAAGAUAUGCGAGAACGUGUUGAGGGCUUGCAAAGUGCACGGGAAGAGAAACGCAGACAGUUGGCAGAUGAAAAGCUCUUGGAACAUUGGUAUCAAAAUAAUCCAGAAAUAAGAGAGGUGGAAAGCAAACUACGAAAUGAUCAUGUGGUGUCCAGUUGGAAAGAACAAAUUGAAGAUCAGCAACAGCGCUUGGACACUGCCCGAACCGAAGCUGAAGAAUACAACCGGAUGAUGGAAGAGCGGCGGAAGGCUUCAGAGGAAGCUGAGAAAGCAGCAGAGACAAAGCGCCUACAGCAGCAGAAGGAUUUGCAGAGCAUUUUGCAACGGCAAAUGCAGGAAUUGCAGCAGAAAGAAAGAGAAGCAGCCAUGUUAAAAGAGAAACAAGAUAAGAUUAUGAUGGAACGACAACAACUUGAGGAAGAUCACAAGUUAUUGGAACUUCUGGCAGUAAAGGAUGCUGAAUUGGAUGAAAUGCAAGCAGUCAAGAAGGAGAAGGCUAUUGCAGAUGCCCAAUGGAUGAAAGAAGUCAUCGAAGAACAAUUAAAAUUAGAAAAGGCCAGAGAAGCAGAACUGGAAUUAUUGGAAGAAGCUGCUCGUGUUUGGGAUAAACGUGAACGUGAAUGGGAAAAAGAGAAGCGAGCACGAGAGAAACUAAUGGCUGAGGUUCUUGCAACUCGCAAGGAGCAGAUGGAUCGGAAAUUGCAGGAAUUACGCAAGGAACAGGAGGAAUCCGUUCAGCUGCGUGAAGAACUGUUGAAGGACAUGGAAUUGGCAAACCAGUUGAGCCAGAGAGAACAGAAGAAGAUUCAACAAGCAAGGAUGGCCAGGAAACAAGAACUUGAAGAGCAGCUGAGUGCCCGCCAACAAGAAGCAUUGAUUGCCCAAGAAGAAGAAGAGCGAGCUCAAGAAACAGCAAGACUAGAUGCCGAGGAAUAUGAAGAUAUUCUCCGCAAACAGACAGAAAGGCUUCAGAUACAGGGUUACAAACCACGGGAUUUCCGAAGGAAAAAUGCCUGGUUAUAA